AUGGCCAGCCACAAGGACCCCACCAAAGUGAAGAAAUCCUCCUCCAAGAAAUCCAAGAAGACACCCACCACACAGGAAACGCCUGCUGCCGCCACCCCCGCACCCGACGAACCCCAAACCAAAAUCGAAACCGACGGGGGCUCAUUCGAUGAAACUGAAGGCGUCUGGUCAUGGUCGCUAAACGAAGACACAAAACUCACCGUCAAGAAGUUCAACGGGAAGCCAUACGUGGACCUCCGCAAAUACUGGGAUGGCAAACCCACCAAGAAGGGCGUCUCGCUCCCACUUCCUUUGUUCGAAAAGAUACGCAACUGGAGCAUGUUCGAUGAGGCGCUCAAGUCCGUCGGAGUGAACAAAUCGUCGUGA